CCCUUUAAACUUACUCAGUGGUUCUUCUGCAUUGUGCCUGUAGCUGUUGUCAAGGUCAUUAGUGUGGAAGCCAACUCAAGUAAAGCGCCAAGAGAGAUGUGGCCUUUUCCUACAUUCGCAAGUCCUCUGAGGCGUUAUGGUUGCUAUCAUGGCCAAUCACUCUGUUCUAUUGCUGUAAAUACUAAGGCAAUAGGAUCCUAUACUACGCUGAUAAUAGUUUCCCAGUUGGAUGAUGAUGGGUUCAUCGAUUAUCCGUUCCCUAAUAGGAGAUGGAUCCCAGCAUUUAACGUCACUGGUUAUACCGUACAUGUAGGUGGUCAUGGAGAAUCGAUGACGGUUUGGAUGCUACCUGAUAAUUUGAGCAUUGGUGCUUACGAUGUGUACACUCAUGAUCCAGUACGGAGUGUACAUGAUGCAACAAAGUUUGGCGUGUUUUACGCAUUGCCGCCAUCAGCCAACUGU